AUGCUGGAAGAGGCCAAUCCAGGUACCCAUUCCUCUUACGAGACUGACGUCAAUGGAAGAUUUAAAUAUCUAUUUAUAGCAUUUGGUCAAUCAAUUAGAGGCUUCACCAAUGUUAUGAGACGUGUCAUUGUUAUAGAUGGAACAUUCUUGAAGAGUAAAUUUAAAGGGGUGCUACUGGUUGCAACUGCUUUAGAUGGAAAUUCAAAUUUGUAUCCUAUUGCAUUCGGGAUAGUAGACUCUGAGAAUCAUCAGUCUUGGGAAUGGUUUAUGAGACAAUUAAAAGUGGUUGUUGCUGAUGGUAAUGGAUUGGCUUUUAUUUCGGAUAGACAAGGGUCUAUAGCGAAGGCAGUUGAGAACGUAGGAAAGGGAUUAGCUGGGUUUGUUUCUAAGGCUUCGAAGGCUUAUAGAGUUGCUGAUUUUAAGAGAAUAUUUGGUCAUGUCUGCAAUAUCAGUCCAGCAAUAGGAACCUAUCUAAUGGAAGCAGAUGUGAAAAAAUGGGCUAGAUGUCAAUUUAUUGGAUUCAGGCGUAAGAAAAAGAUUUCAAAACAUAAGCAUCCUUUGACCAUAGAUGUAGAGGAAAAGAUUGAAAGGAGAAUCGAGAAGGGAAAAACUUUCGUAGUUUACCCUAUAACAGAUAGUCAGAUGCUUGUGAAAGGCGAUAUAAUUGAUUGCUUUGUUGAUUUGGAUAACCGGACUUGUUCUUGUGGGAAGUUCAACCUCUUGAAGAUUCCUUGUAGACACGCAAUAAAAGCCGGUUAUUCUGUUGGCAGAGAAGCACACACUUUGACUGAUUUUAUGUACACAACGGGAGCUUAG